ACCCGCGGCUCCGACCCGCCGGAGCCCACGUCCUUCCGGGAGCGCGCGCGCCGGUGCGGGUGCGUGCGUGAGCGUGCGCGUCUCCGCUGCCGCUGCCGCUGCCGGUGCUGCACCCGCGCCCUCUGCCGCCGCCGCCGCCCGGGGUCUCCAGGCUGAGGAGUGCGUCGGCCGCUGCCUAGCAGCGCCGCGGAUUGGGGAGCGGAGCCGCGGAGCCGGCGGGAGGGCGGGCGGGCGGACAGGCAGAAUAGCCUAACAUGGCAGACCAGAGACAGCGCUCACUGUCUACCUCUGGGGAGUCAUUGUACCACGUCCUUGGGCUGGACAAGAACGCGACCUCAGAUGACAUUAAAAAGUCCUAUCGGAAACUUGCCUUGAAAUAUCACCCCGACAAGAACCCUGACAACCCGGAGGCCGCAGACAAGUUUAAGGAGAUCAACAACGCGCACGCCAUCCUGACGGACGCCACAAAAAGGAACAUCUACGACAAGUACGGCUCGCUGGGGCUCUACGUGGCCGAGCAGUUUGGGGAAGAGAACGUGAACACCUACUUCGUGCUGUCCAGCUGGUGGGCCAAGGCCCUGUUUGUCUUCUGCGGCCUCCUCACGUGCUGCUACUGCUGCUGCUGUCUGUGCUGCUGCUUCAACUGCUGCUGCGGGAAGUGUAAGCCCAAGGCACCCGAGGGCGAGGAGACGGAGUUCUACGUGUCCCCUGAGGAUCUGGAGGCACAGCUGCAGUCUGAUGAGAGGGGAGGGCACUGACACUGUGCCGCGAGUGUUUGUGGUGGCAGCUGGGACUGUUGAGGUGUGAACGUGGACCGUGAGGUAAAGCAGGCGCAUAGAGCUGUCCCCACCGUGACCUGCGGUAGCCGUAGAUCCCAGGGACUGCGAGGCGGGGCAGGGCGGCAGGCAGUUGGGGCGGGGCUGAGGGCCGAGGGCUGGCGGUGACCCAAGGCGAUGGAGGAAAGCCGUGCGGGGUGGAGGUCAGCGAGUAGCCUCUCCCCAUGGAGAGUGUGUCCAGGUGCCCGAGAGUCGCUCCACAGGACCAGCGUUGGUGGGCGCGCGCCAGGCUGUGGCCCUCGUGCAGUGCCCUGUGUGCUUGCUUUUCAGAGGCCACAGACACGCCGAUCGUCAUACAGCCGGCAUCCGCCACCGAGACCACCCAGCUCACAGCUGACUCCCACCCCAGCUACCACACCGACGGGUUCAACUAAAUCCAGGAGGAGCUGUGGUCAGAGGAGGAGCCAGCGCCUGGCCACGCCAACCUUAGAAUCAUGAACUGUAGUCACAGAGAUGGGAAGGCAGCCUCCUGCCUGCCCUGGCCUUGCUGGGGCCCCUCCUGCCUCCACGCCCACCCAGCGUCGACCCUUGACCCACGAAGUGCGUAGCAUGCAGUAUUUAAAGCAGUGUAGCUACGGUCUUCUGUUUUUUUUUUUCCUUUUUUAAUAGCAUGUACGGGGUUAUGUUCCAUGUCUGUGUUGUGGACAUUCCGCGGCAUGACCGCGUUAACCGCACGAUGGAGCUGCCUCAGGGCUGUCGGUCAGGUUGGUCCAGUGAGGGGUGACUGCAGUCGGUCAGGUUGGUCCAGGGAGGGGUGACUGCAGUCAGUCAGGUGGGCGAGGAGGAGGGGGCUGCGCCUUUCCUACCUGUGCUCGAGGGGCCGGAGGCAGGUGCUGCCUGGCAGAGCUGUGUUACCGUCUUGGCCUCGGGGUCUGGUCCACACUCUGCUCCCAGCCUAGAGGCUGCAGUAGGACUCUGAUCUCACCUGCCAGAAGGGGGCGGGGCCGCGUCAUUGGCGUCACCGGCGUCACUGUCAUUCCUUGGUGUCUGUGCUGGGCACAGUUGGCUUGGGGGUCUGUGGUUUCCUGGGCCUUGUGGCAGGGUUUCUCCCAUGGGAGAAUUUGGUGUGGAAAGCGCAGGAGGCCCCUUCCGAGGUUGACACCGUGUCCUCCGCACAGUGUUUCCAGCCUGGUGGUCUUGUCCUGUGGACGCUGCGGUUCUGGUUCUCGGAGGUGUGUCCUUUGCCCGUGUUGGGGUUGUCUGUGUUCCUGCACUUUUCCCGGGCUCUGAGCUGGAUUGAUGGGGCCAGUCUCCCCCCCUCCCAUCUUGGGGUCAUUCUCCACAUUCCUUCCAGCCCACUUGUCCUUUCCGUAGCCCUUUUUGGACCUUUAGAACCACAGAUGGUAGGACCAGCCCAAUGAGCCACAGUCAGAGAGUAGAUUGUGCAUGUGUGAGCGCCCAGCUACUGGGGACGGGGGCUCUCCCAAGACCCCUCCUCCUGUGUUUGCCAGAGCUCUCAUCUGCCCCACUCGCCUUUGCCCCGUCAUUGAUGAUUCAGGCAGAGCCAGAUUCGUUAGGUCCCUGGAGGAAGGACUGACUGGACCAGAGGGACCCUCUGGCUCUGGAGGGUUGGGUCCCUGGGAGGCUGGCAGCCAGGCCACAGAAUCCACACGUGGACCAUUGUGGGUCCCUGGGAGGCCGGCAGCCAGACUACGGAAGCCACGUGUGGACCAUGGGAAGUCAGUCUCUUGCGUGUCCUAGACCUCGUGGGUGGCGCCCUGGGUAGGGGAGCAGGGGAAAUGGGUCUGAUGUGCCCGUGCUGGCCGAGGGCUCAGAGCUGCCCCCACUCCGUGGCUCAUGGCAUGUGCUGGGCCUGCCUUUGGCCCCAUGCUGCAGACUCCAGUGGGCCUGGUUUCUGCAGAACGUCCAUGGUGGCUGCUGCAGAGUUGCAGAGGUCCCUGCAGAGAUAAAGCCGAGGAGGAGGCUGUGUGUGGUGGCUCUGGCUCGGACCAACCAAAUGAGCCUCCUGAAGCCCGCUUUCCCUGCCUGCCUGCUGACCCGUGGCCCCAGCUCACUCAUUGCCCUCAGUGGCCACCCAAGGCUGUGCAGAGGGGUAGGUUCAAGUUGACCAGGAAGCUGCCAAAAGGGACAUGGAUGUGAGGAUAAAUCUGGACGUGCUUAGGAACAGGCUGUUGGUUGAGGGCCCCCAGCUGACCCCUACUGUAGAUGCGCGUGUGGACCAUGAGCCGGCUGCCAGCUCCAGGUCCUGGGGCGGUUUUGUUUGUCCCACUUUUCUUUGUUUCUUCUCACUAAAAUGAUCAUGAAGACCUUUGACGAGAGGAGAGAUAUGCACUGUGAUAUUAAAUUAGGAAUAAUUUGUCAAAAUCAGACCUCUCCUAAAAGAAUAAGAAAUUCGUUGUUUGGCCCGUCCUGAAACGUGAGGCGGCGAGACAGUGGGGGUGCCUCCGUGCCGCCCAGCGCAGCAGCAAGUUCAGCCUGAGAUGCCGGCUGUACUCAGCCUUUGCGAUUUUUGUAGACGUAGCUUAGGACGUGAGUUAUUUUUCCCCAGACUGGCCAAGAGCCAGGUUCUAAGCUUGGACCUAAGGUAGAAAGCUGCCCAUCGGGGGCCCUGGCUCAGCCCCACCAGGCCCUCUGUUGGGCCUACACACAGCUCUGUGGCUAGAACACUCCAAGGCCCUUUGGUACCCAUCAGAGUGGGCCCCUUGCCAGGUGGCUUUUCAGUUACAGAGUCCAGUGGACCAUUUUAUAGAACCAUGCAGCUCCCUGCAGAAGGUGGGGUAGGGUGGGAAAGAGGAGCAGGUCUGGAGGUUUGUGGAACCCAGUCCCCUGCAGAAUUUGUAAAACCUAAAUAAAUCAUGGCCAUGGCCAUUCUCACGGUAGUGAUUGUGAUUAUAAGACCCCCAGGAAGCCCAGACACUCGGGGCCUGGAGUUCCUCCCCCUGCCUGACCUGGAAGCAGAACCGUUUUCAGCGCCCUGCCCUGUUGAUUUUAAGGCCUUGUCUUAAUUUAAGGAAAAAGAUCCUCCCGGGUUUUAUUUCUCUCUUUCUUGAGUGGACCGUUUCCCUAUAAUUAAAAGAGGCGAUGAGUCCUGGGGCAGCUUCUGCGCCUCCCUGUCCACAUGCUAACAGAUCAGGACGCCCCCAGCACCCCUUCCUGCUGGCGGCAGUGACGGGACCCCGACUCCUCACUCUCGGGCUGCAGACAGUGCUGUGAGCGAGUGUGGCCGUGGGCACAGAAUGUCCCUUUGGACGCCACUGCUGGGGGCUGCCAGGGGCCCGCUGGGGUUGCGCUUUGAGGCCUGUCCGGUUCACGAAGGGGUCCAGGCAGCACUGACUGCUUCCGACCUGCAGGAGGCAUAGGAGCGGCCCCGCGGGCCCUUUCACGGCAGCUGCUGCUGUGUACAUUUGUCUCCACUCAGUGACGUGGGAUUUUUUGUCUUCCUUUUGGCUUUAUUUUUAAACUGCUUUAGAUAUUACUGCUCAGUGUUUGUGAACUUUCCUAGUUCUCUGUGUUCAGUGCAGCCAGCACCCAGUGGGGACCUAUUAGAAAAAGAAACUGGCAUGCAGUUUCCUGUGCCCAGCAGGAAAAGCUUUGUCUUCACGCCGGCUGCUGCCGUCCAGAAGAGGCCCUGGAGCCUCAGGCCGUCGAGGCUGCUCUCAGGUGUUCUGUUCCGGGCGAGCCUUGUGCUGCAAGGGCACCAGCAUGCUGGCUGCCACUGGAGGGUCCGGGUGCUGCAGGCGGAGUUCAGCACUUGUCCACCCUCCCUUAGCUCUGGCUCAGUGCAUCCUACUGUGGGGACGUCUCGUGAGGGGACACGAAGUGACUGAUCUCACCCUUUCCCAGUAUUCGGAGCUGUGAACCCCUGUGGUGCAGGACUGGCCUGUGUCUGUUAUUCUGGUUGUAAAUCAUUCUCCUGUGGAAUUGGCAAAAGCUACAUUUUUACUGUCCUUACCAGCAAUGGUUCGCGUCGUCACAUGCUGUGAGUGUGGGCUGUGGUGUGUCCGUGUGUGUACAUAUGUGUAUAUGUAUAUAUCACGCAGCAGGCGUGUCAUUCAUGCUGCUGUCCCGUGGUGAAGUGACAAGUACAAUUAAAGGUGGCUCUGAAACGGCCUCUGGUUUCUUGGGAGUCGGGCAGGGACCUGCAGGAGGCUUUCCCGGCAGGUGCACAGAAGAAGCGCUGAGCCCACUGUGUGCAGAGGGUGUGUGCCCAGGGCACUGCCACGGCCCCCACCGGCGUUGGCCUCUGCUCUGCAGGGUCGGGUGCCCAUCCUGGGGGCCCUGUGUCACGCUCACCUGACCCAGGUGUGUGUCCCGGUGUGAAAUCAAGGAGGUGACUGGAAGCCCUUCCCUCCCUUGAAACAUGAAAGCUGAUUUUCCGAGCAUCAGAUACGGUCAGUGGCAAAGCUGCAUCUGAAGGGCGGCCUGGGAAGGGGCCCUGUGCUGGCCCCGGGUCCGCCCCAGAGGAGUCUACACAGCACCACCUCCAGAAGGGGCUGGGCCCGGGGUCCUGCAGGCAGCACCUUUUGGUAGUUUGUUUCCCUGGAAAAUGGGGAAAAUGUUUCAAGCCAGGUAAGGGGGGAAGUUAACACUGAAAUAUGUAUUGUUUUUAAAAAUCAAGUGCACACGCAUGGAAGCUGCUUGUCCAUGCACUGGUUUUGUCACUGGCGUCCUGGAAUCCGACCGUGUUGGGGUGCAGGCGCUGUCAGACUCCGGCUGAUCCUGGCUCAAGCACACACAUCUGAGGGCCAGGCUGGUUCCGCAUGGUGAUCUCCGUCUUGUAUGUCUGAAUGUUGACCUACAAUAAAGAUUACUGUUGUAAAAUAAAUGUUUUCACUGCA